AUGUCGCCGUCACCGCCAGUAGGCAGCUGCAGGGAUCGCACGCCGUCGCCUUGUCGCCUGGCGACGGAGUCGCACGACCCGGCGACGGAGAACCACAACCCGGACAAUAUCGCCGCGGUCACCGCCGCGACUCACGGGCAUCAGCCCACGUGCGUCCCGCCUAUGCACUUCGCCCUUCGCGCGUCCACGUCGGCGCCGCAUCCGCAUGCGCCGUCACACCCGCAGGGUUCGAGCGGGAUCUCCGCUGCAUUCAAAGGAGACCGUAGCAGCAGCAGUCCUGAGAAACGUCGCAACUCCAUGUCGGACCGCCCGCGAAACAUUUCGCCACUAUGGUACCCUCACGCGGCUUCUGCGAGCUCGACAGCGUCUGGCGUAGCGGCAGAGGCGGCGGCAGAUUCGGCGGUGAAGCGGCGGGCCAGUAUCACUUUGUCCCCUUCGCCCAUCGCGGUGUCUGCGCCCAUUGGUGCUUCCCCCGCGCGGUCCUCCUCCGCGCGCGCGCUGUGGCACCGACGCCACCACGCGCAGGAAAGCGCGGGGGCGGAAGCGGCGGGCGACAGGAAGCCGCCGAACAUCGACUCCGCCGACAGCCCCGCGGAUUCGCCCUCCUCUUCUUCCCCCUCCACCUCCGCCCGUCGGUUCCUCCGCUUGCUUUCCUCGCGAGCCGGUCUCCUCUCCCCGUCCGCCUCUUCCGGUCGUUCCCCUUCCCGCGCGCCGUCCGCCGACGGAUCGUCCGCUGACAUCAGCAGUCGCAGCAGCAGCACGCCGCGGGAAGGGUGGGGAAAAUUAGAGGCAGUGGGAAGUUUCCGCCGAGGGUCAAGGGGCAGCGCGCGGGGAAACGAGGAGGGCGGCGGAGCGUCCGCGGGAGCAUCAAGCGCAACGUUGGGAGGAGAGGGACAGAGCAGCGGACCCUGGGGCGGAAAGGGCGCGGGCGGGGGUGCGGGCGUGGGCGGAUUACUCUCCCCGCUGGCUAAGGGGAGGUCCCGUAGCCCUCUGUCAAUGGUUCAUUAUUAUCACCACUCUCGCGACAGACACAUUCACGGCCACGGUGCCGACGCGGCGUCGCACUCGUACCAGCCCGCGCUCCUUAGUCCCCGCGACGCGAGUAACGCCGCCGCAGCCGCCGCCGCUGCCGCCGCCAGCGCUGCUGCAGCGAGCAGCGGCGGCGGCGGUAGCGUGGGGGCCAACGGGGGGAUCCACAGGGGCGGGAAGAUCCCCGCGCGGGGGAGCAUGGUGAGCAAAUCGUCCCCCCUCUCCCCUCCGCCUUCCGCCUCCGCGCCGUCCUUCUCGCUUGCGCGGCUCAUGGCGCGCUCCAUCUCAAACAUCGAGCGCCGCUCCACGUCACUCAACGACGCUGCUGACGCGGCACUCGCGGCGGCGUCCGCCGCGGGGAUCGUGGUCCCCGGGCCGCCGGGGGUUUGCGCACCUAGCGGCGCGGCAGGUGCGGUGACCGCAGGAGGAGCGGAAGUUACGGAAGGGGCGACGAGCAUGAACGCCAACAGCGGUGGCGGCAGCAGCAGCAGCAGUAGCAGUGGCUUCAGUCGUUUGCUGAGUGCCAAGAACCCCACGGCGUCCGCCACGUCAGCAUCGCCGCGCGUGAUGCACGGGCCAAUCAACGGCGACUUCGCGAAAGCCUCGUUUCUUCGCCCGUCCACGCCGGACCUCCCAAUCUCCUCGCUCCUACUCCUCGACCCGGCGAUUGCUUCCUCCGUCCUCUCCGCCUCCCCCGAGCCGUUGCUUCUCGUAGAUCAACGGUCGGCGUGCAUCGUUGCUGCGAGCGCGGGCGUGGUCUCAGCUUUAGGGUUCGAGACUCCUAAAGAGCUAGUUGGUCGGUGCUUCUUCGACCUACUAGAUUACGUGAAACACGCGGAGUGGGAUAAAGCUGCCGCCGCGGCAGCCGCUACGGGGACGUCCGCAGGCGCCGUCUCGUUAAGAACGGCAGUAACGGGAGAAAGGGGAGCGGAAGGAGGAGGAGGAGGUAACGACGAUGGUGACGAUUGCAGUGGUGGUGAUGGUGAUGAUGAUGAUGGGGGGGACGAAAGUGGAGGGUUGGACGAGCGCGGGGUGGGCGCGGGGGGGUUCCGCUUCUCCAUGCGCCUGCGCAUGAACGUGGAUGAUGAGUGGGGGGACGAUGAGAAGGACGCGGAGGGGGAAGAGGCGGAGGAGGAGGAGGAGGAGGAGGAGGAGGAGGAGGAGGAGGAGGAGGAGGAGGAGGAGGAGGAGGAGGAGGAGGAGGAGGAGGAGGAGGAGGAGGAGGAGGAGGAGGAGGAGGAGGAGGAGGAGGAGGAGGAGGAGGAGGAGGAGGAGGAGGAGGAGGAGGGGGAAGGGGGGAGGAGAGGCUGUGAUGGUGCUGGGCGGGGAAGAUUGGACGGUAGCGCGGCGUAUGAGGAUGAUGACGAUUUGGACGUGCUGGGCGGAGACGACGAGUGCGCGUGGGGGCGGGGGGGACGCGCAGAUGGGUCGUCCACAGGCGGGGGGGCGGGGAUGGGCGCGCGGGGGGAGAGGGGCGGGAGAGGAGGGAGCAGCGGGAGAGGGGGGAGCAGCGGAGAGGAAGGGGAGGAUGAGGAGGAUGGGGAGGACGGGGAGGACGGAGAGGAUGGGAGGUGGGAGGAGAGGAGGGAGGCGAUGAUAUGGCAUGGCGUGUCGGACGGAAUGCCAUCGUUCCGGCUUCAAGCCAUGGAUGACUUUGAACCGGACCACUUCACGCCCCUGCCUCUCGCCCCUGCCUCUGCUGCUGCUGGGGACAGUGGUGCUGGUGGCGACGGCACGGGGAAGAGGAAUGGAGGGAAACGGGCGGGGCGGCAGGAGAAGGGGAGAGAGGGGAAGGAAGGCGAGGAGAGGGCGAGGAAGGCGUCUCCUCUGAAAUGGCUUAAGGCCUCUUUGGGACACUCGCAGCAGCGGCAGGAGGAGCAGGGGAAGGGGGGGGAGGAGGAGGAGGAGGAGGAAGAGGAAGAGGCGGAGGAGGAGGAGGUGGAGGAGGGGACGACGACCAAGGGCGGUAAGGAAGGGAAUGGGGAGAAGAGCGAGAGGGGAAUGGAUAGCACUCGCAGUGCCGCUUCCUCCUCUUCCGCCUCCUCUGCAGCUGCUGCUGCUGUCUCCUAUUCGUCCCCUCCUGGCACGCGCAUGCUGGCAAGCCUCUUAAGCCCGCGGAUAGGUUCAGGGCGCUCCAUGGGUAGGGAGUCAGCAGCAGGUACUGCCGCUGCUGCUGCUGCUGCUGCUGGUAGCGCUGGUGGUGGGGGGGGAGGAGAAGGAAGGGACGGAGCGGCGGCAGCAGGCGGGGAGGGUGAGAAGAGCGGCAGCAGCAGCGGCAGGGUGCCGAGGACUGUGUCGGCAGGUGGGGAGGUGAGCAGGAGUGGAGGUGGGGGCAGUGCAGGCGCAGCAGGCACACCCAAGAGCAGCGCCAGCAGCGGCUGGGGGCUCAUGGGGUGGGGACGAGGAGGGGGAGGGGCGGGAGGGGCGGGAGACAUCUCUGCACCAGCAGGGGAAGUGGGAGGAGCAGGGGGAGCGGGGGAAGCAGGCGGGGCACUGGCAGCAGGAGCGGCAGUGGGAAGAGGAAGAGGGUAUGAGCGGAGGGAGGAGAGGGUUCCGGCGUCUCCUGUGGCUGUGGUGUCCGGUGCUGAUGGGGUGGUGCGGCUGGGGAAUGGGCUGGAGGGCAAGAAAUGGGUGGAUAUGAGGGGGUAUGGGGGAGAAUCCAGGGCGAGUAAGACUCUAUCUGGGCCGUUGGAUCGGCCGAAGCGGAGAGAGCGGGCGGGUAGGGGUCGGCGAGGGGGGGUUUGGGAUGAGGAUGGGUUGGGAUUAGGUGUGGGAGUAGUGUCAUGGGGCGUUUCUUCGUCUGCUGCUGCUGCGGUUGAUGAAGGGGAGGAGGAGGAGGAGGAGGAGGAGGAGGAGGAGGGGGUGGGGGUGGAGGAGGGGGAGGGAGGGAGCAGGAGUGUGGUUGGGAAGGUGAUGCGUCGAUCUAUCACUCUGGUGGUUGGGAAGAGGGAGGGUAGGGGAAAGCAAGAGGGUAGUGUGAGGAGUGAGAGGGUUGAAAAGGGUGAGCAGGUGAAGGAGCAGAGGGAGCAGCCAGUGUGUGGCAAGGGAGGGGAGGAGGGAGGGGGAGUGGGAGUUGGGAGGAAGUUGACGGAUAAGGGGACGUGGGGAGGGUGGGCGGAUGAGGGAGAAAAGGAUGACUGGUUCUGGUGA